UCCUUCUCCCCGCCUUUCGGCGGCGGCCGCAGGACGUGACAGAUUGCAUGAGGAAACGACAGUCUGACUAGGACUGCUGUGUUCAGUGUUCAGUAACCCGGAGAAAAGCCUACGUGCCCAAUAAGAGCACUAAGACACUGCAAGCCAACCUGAUGGCGUCCUCUACUGCUGUGCCUGUAGGAUUUCACUAUGAAACAAAAUACGUAGUUCUCAGCUACCUGGGGCUUUUAUCACAAGAAAAGCCACAGGAGCAUCCUUCUGCUUCAACUCAAGGGACUCAACAACAGCUUAUGGCACAACACGCUUCAGAGAAAGAGGCUUUGGAAAAGAUUAAAAUAGAAAUUGAGGAGGAGCUAAAACAUCUUGAUGAAGAGAUCUUGGAAGCUUUUACUACUACAGGAUUUGACUGCCACACUUCCCCAGUGUUCAGUCCUGCCAAUCCAGAAAGCUCAAUAGAAGAUUGCCUGGCUCAUUUGGGGGAGAAAGUAUCCCAGGAAUUGAAAGAACAUCUGCACAAAGCACUAGAGAGCUUGCUUAGCAAGCCAGUAACAUAUCAAGAAUAUCGAGAGCGCACACAAGAGGCAGCCGCACAUGCCAGUGGAUGGAACAAGGUCUUGGUGCCCCUGGUUCUGCUACAGCAAUUUCUGAUGGAAUUAACCAGAAGAGGCCAGGAACCACUGAGUGCACUUGUGAACUUUGGAGUGACGUAUCUAGAAGACUAUUCUGCAGACUAUAUCAUUCAACAAGGAGGUUGGGGGACGGUCUUUAGUUUGGAAUCUGAAGAGGAGGAGUACCCCGGCCUCAUCGCAGAGGACAGUAAUGAUAUCUACAUUCUGACCAGUGACAACUCAGGCCAGGUGAGCCCCCCAGAGUCCCCGACGGUGACCACGUCGUGGCAGUCAGAGAGCCUGCCUGUCUCCCUGUCAGCAAGCCAGAGCUGGCACACAGAGAGCCUGCCCGUCUCCCUGGGGCCGGAGUCCUGGCAGCAAGUGGCCAUGGAUCCUGAAGAAGUCAAGAGCCUGGAUAGCAACGGUGGGGCUGAAGAAAGGAGCGAGAACAACUCUUCUAACUCCGACAUCGUUCACGUGGAGAAGGAAGAGAUACCAGAGGGGAUUGAGGAAGCAGUGGUGUCAGCAGUCGCUGCAGAGACCGUGCAGGCAGCGUUUCCAGAAACCGCUGCUUCUUUACAGGAAGUAAAACCUCAAGCUGAAAUUGUUGCUGUAGAAAAAGCACAUCCCUCUGCACGUCGUACAAAACAGGAGAAGGGAAAAGUGGCCGAAGAGCUUGUUGAACCUGAGAUCCCCGUGUUAAGUAAACCUGUCCCUAAGUUAACCCCAUCGGAAGAAAAGGCUGCGCCAGAACCUGAGAAAAUACUGCUUCCAGGGGAAAAAAAAGUGGGGAAAGAAGGCCCUUUGGAAGAAAUAGAAGAGAAAUCCUCCACUGCAGAGGAGAAGCCUAUCUUAUUGCCAGAAGGGAAAUCGAUAUUGCUGUACGGUGGGGCUGCUGCGGUAGCCAUAUUGGCUGUGGCAGUCGGAGUAGCGCUGGCGCUUAGGAAAAAGUAAGAGCUCUCUUGAGGAGGAGGAGGGGGAGAGAGAAGCAAGCGCAAUCCAAUUGUUGUAGUUGUGUUACCUAAAGGUUGAGCUGCCUGCUGUGUAAUUGGACAUUUGAGUAAUGGUGACGGGGUGAGGUCAUUCAAUAAGCCUCCAGCUAUGGACAAUCACGUUUUUAGUAGAAUUGGGGCGGGGACUGGUUUUUCCUGAUUAAAGUACAGGGGUAUUUUUAAAGAAAAAAAAAAAAAACAAAACAAAAACAACACAAUAAUAAAUUCUGCAAAUGUAAGAACUUAAGUGCAGGUGCUGAGGAACGGGGUGCUCGUACUCGAGGAACUGGAACAGAGAAUUCCUGGGGAAGGGUAGAGCCAGCUGCUGCCAACCCCUGGAUUUUUUGGCUUCUCCAAGCGACUGCUGCUGCAGCUGUGCUGUCCUGUCACUUCCCUGCGCUUCCCGAGCCCUUCCUAGCCCAAGUCCUGCAGCGAGAGGCUGGUCUCCUUCUAGCUCAGCUUCCUCUCAGGUACUGCACUGCUCCUUGUAACCUCGCAGGUUCCUCUUAAACCCCAGCAGGAGAGUGCUUAUUCUUACCUCUUCGCUCCCACCCGUUCUGGCCCUUAACAGUUUCUGAAGCCUCCAUACAGAUGCUGCCUCUCUGUAGCAGUACUCGCUCUGAGCACCCCGUGUUCUGCAGGGAGAGGUGCACACAGCACCUGCUGCUGUGGGGCAGGGUGGGAGGGCCGCUGCACUUGGCUGGUCUGGGAACCCAUUUGCCGUGUUCCUGCCCACCUCACUGCCACCCUUCAGAUAGUGGAGUUGCACAGCUUACACUGGACAUGGUGCCAUUCGGUAAGCACUUGGAUACCAGAGUGUAUUCAGCAAAGGUGUGGCAAAACUGUGUGCAAGGAAGGCGGAUGCCUCCUGUGAGAUUCGCAGGUUCAGUGCUCUUUUGUCCUGUGUCAUGCUGCAGUCUGUAUUGUCUUUCACAGGUUAAGCACAGGGGGUAUGUAGUCCUACUGUGGUUUUGGUGACAGAAUCCCACGUAUAUAAAGCAAUGGAUUCUGGUCACUAAGCAAAACAGCAUCAAACACCUUUCCCUAUUUGCCCGUUCCCAAGUUGACCUGGAGUGUUGUGCAGUGCAAUUUCUUUUGCGACUCUGAAUGUGUAACAGUUGGGUGACGUUUGCAGGUUCACAAAUGAUGAGAAUUUAACUGUGGAAAAAGCAAAUCCCUCUUCCUGCAGACACAACGCUUCAGGUGUGUGCAAGGAGAAGCCUUUAAGGCACUGCUGUACCAACAGAGCUGGCCACAAGCUUUCCUUUUGGAGUGUGUUUGUGUCCCUCCUGCUCUGUACUGCAGCUCUAUGCGUAAGGUCGCAGAUUGUCCAGGCAGAAAUAGUGAUGCAUCUCUGAGGGCUGAUGCUGGCACUGUGGCUUAGAGCAGGUGGAGAUAGGGGAAAGGGGACUCGGGAUAAUGUAAAAAUCAAAAUGUGAGCUUACGGUAAGCUUACUCUUCAUAAAGCACAAAGACAAGGUACUUUAUCUCUAAACAACCUUAUCUAGAGUAUUUCCUGCAAUGAGCCUGUUUCUUAAGUGAUCUGAAAAUCCAGAGAUUUUUAGCACAUUCUGUUUCAGCUUAUUGUUGGUCCCAUCCCUAUCCCAUUCAUGCUGGUAAGUCAGUAAGAAGCUGGCAGAGUCUGGGGAAUUCUUUGUUUAAGGUUUUUUGAGAAUGGAUUUUGUAGAAAACUUCUCAGGUUUGGAUUUGUGUGACUUUGAAUGCUGAAAGGAAGGACUGUUACGUGUGUACCCCUGCUAGGAGGGGAGCCCCAGCUCAGGUGCUGUGGAUCAGCAGUGUGUGGGUCAGAGAUGGCUUUUCUGUGUUUAAAAGGGAGCAAGCUGGCCUUAAAUAAACCAAAAAGCACCACCAACAACAAAACCCAAAACAUAAACUAUAUUGCAAAAUGGAAUUGGCUUUGUGUGCUCCUUCUGACAUGUAAGAACAUAUAGAGUUUUGCUACAUUUCACAUCCAGCAGUGUUCAUGGAUGAAUGAUGCAAUAGGUGAGGGCAGCUGCUUAUUGCCUUGUGGCAGGGCCUGCUUUGAGGUCCCACAGGCUGGGAUGGGGUUCCCCUCUACUGCUGCUUUGCUGAUGGCUGCUGUGUCCCUGCUGUUCUUGUGGGCAUGGGGCUGCUUUAACCCCAGCUGCAUCCUCUCCUUUCUGAAGGCGAGGCAUUGACAUGGGGGAAGAUGCCCCAUCUGCAGCCACUCAGUGGGUUGUGUCCCUGGAUCUGCUCUGAAGCAGAUGGAUGGAUGAUGGAUGUUUUGGAUAUGCUGGAUAACUUGUGUGCACAUGAGGGGUAAAGUCAUUCUUUGGCUCUUCUCUUUAGGUGGUUAUAUUGCUAGUAGUGCAGGAGGUGGGUGCAGGGCAGAUGACAAUACGUCUGCCAGGGAAACAUUUCUUACACAAAGGGCCCAAUGGAGCAUUAAAUAAGAAGUGUCUUCUCUCUUAUAUAGCAGCAGCAGAAGUAAGAAAGACAAAUGCUUUGGGGAUUUUUUUAAAGCGUUUUCAGAGUGGGGUGAAAGGCCUGAGUGUGGGGUAUUUUGCUGCAUUUAGUGGAGCGCCAGCUGCAUUUUGGUUGCUUGGUCCCUUCUUUACAUACUUCCCAUCUUUAGGGCCUUAGAGAAAUAUCUGACAAUUCAAAAAGAAUUUGUACCUUCUUCCCCAGUCCCUGUAACCUAAAAGCAUGUUUAGACAGAAAGUCUGCCGUGUGUCCUCUUUCCCUCUAGGAACACUCCAUUAGCUGGAAAGGUCGCUUACAGACUUGAGUGCUGAGCCUGUUGUGCUUGGUCAGCACUGGAGCAGGCCCUGGGGAAGUCGCCAGAAGGUUGUGUAGCCUUAGCAACAGUGUUCUUAUUGAGCUGGGUGCUGGGCUCCUUGCACUACUGCAGGUGUGAAUUAGGGAACGGAGAGGCUUUCUCCUAUCUUCAAGCACUCUGAAGUAAUCCUUAAUUUUAAUCAGCCUGGUCUGAUUACCUUGAAGUGGGUGAGGCAACCUCUGUGUAGUAGAUCUCUUGCAGCAGGCAAAGGCAAGGCAGCGGACUAUCUACUUAUUUAAAAAAAAAGCAUCUGGAAUUAUUCUCACUUGUGUUACUUACUCCCUUCCCAAAAGUGCCUCAAUAUGUCCUUGAGUGGCCUGUACCUUAACAAAGUAUCUACCUUAGACCCAUUUCUUCUUCACCUUAUCCUUGUCUGCAGCACAUCCGCAAGCUGAGAUGAUAAAACAAAGGGCUGGACCUGCAAAACGUGUGGAACGCUGCAUUCUGCAUGCCUCUGUGCACAGCUGAGAGACCUGGGUUGGAAGCUACAGCCUGAGCUAAACGCAUAGGGAACUACAGUGGGUAGCAUACUAAAUAAGGAGCUGUCAGGAAAACGGCUUUAGAGGUGAGGUGAAGCUUAACUUCCAGUUGUGCUUAACUCUAGGCUCUGCUCACCUGGGCACUGGGGCUGGGAACUGGGAAAGGUCUUUUUUUUCUUUCAGAAAACAAACCUGGAACAAGAACUGAAACCUGGAGUCCCAGUGUUGUAGAGCAGCCCAACCCACCCUCCUGUUGCAGCCACAUGCCGUGUGGGAGCAUGGUGAGGGGAUCCAGGCUGCUGGUCCAUAGCAUGAUACAGCUGAGCCAGCUGCUUGGCUCAGUUGAAAUCAGAAUAGGGUGAGUAGGAGAUAAAUAACUUGGCUGCCCAGAAUACUGAAGGUGGCUGGUGCCUAAAAUACUAGGUCUAAUCUCGUGAUGAAGCAAGCCAGAGAUGGCAAAGCAACCCAGGCUGCAGGCUUCUGACUGGUCAGAUGUCAGUCCUUAAGCAUCUGCUUGCUCCAGGUCUGAGCAGCAGCUCCCAGCAGUGGAAGUGUGGUCUUUUCUGUAUUGCAGCAGGGUUUGGACAGCAGCAGCUUAACUUCAGGAUGCUGUGGUACUGGCAGCUGGCUCCUUCUUUCCUAACCUGCCUGCCUGUUGUCUUGCCUGGGGCUGUGCUCUGGGGGUGAAAGCUGUAGUGCUGAAUGCUUUUGCACAGGGCAAGGUCUGUUGCCAGAAUCCUGUUUCCUUUUUACGUAGCUCUGAACUCAACUAGGCUGACAAUUUGGACUGUGUUUUUAAACUAAUCAAUGCUUUCUAAUGGUCACAACUGGAAAAGAAAAGUGUUAAAGUUAGUUAGGUUGAAAAAGUUUAGUCUUUCCUUUCCUUGUAAUGAUGUAGUCAACAAAAUAAUUGAGGUCAUAAAGCUUUCCUUCCUUGAACCCACAGGGGUAUGGCAGUCCUAGCAAAGCCCUGCUAAGGCAGGUGUUACUAUCAGGCAGAAAUCAACAUGCUUCUGGCAGCACAGUCGUUCCUUCACUGAACCAGAACGAGCGCAUGCUUUAAAAUGUGUCUCCAAGAAUGUAAUUCCUAGAUUGUUUAGCUGUGAAUGUUUGGGAGGAAGGGAGGAGUGAGCACUCACCCCACCCACCAUGGGUACAUGGAGCCCAUGUCCUCCAUAGAAUGUCUCAUUUUAGGCACAAAACAUACUGAAAGCUGACUUGUCUUGUAUGUUUUCUACUCCAGUAGGUCAUAGACAGGAGAAUGUGUUUCCCAGUGAAGCACGGAGCAGUGAGGCGCUUUACUGCCUGUACCUAUUGAAGGCAGAAGCUGUGCAUAACUCGUUUGGCUCAGUCUGCUUCACUUCAGUACUAGGAGGCUACAAGAGCAGCAGCGCUUUGACUGUGUGCAUCUGUGCUGUGCUUCAAAGUGCAAGCUAUGUAUUGCCACAAAAAUAACAACAAACAAACAGGGUGGGAGGGGGUCACAUGUAAUCCACCAGCAGUCACUCUGGUCCUCCGAGCUCAGGCCCCUAUGGAGCAGGAUGUACAGCGCUCGCUUUAUGCAAAGGCUCUGCAGCUGCUUGUGGUCAUGGCUGGAGAACAAGAGCUGCACCAGCUUGGAAGGGGGCAGCUGCAACAUUACCAAUACAGCCAGGGGAACCAGAACACAUUGCUCAGCUUCACCUCCUGUGUUAAAUGACUUGGUCACUUUUUUCAGUCUCUUAGGUAGGCUGACUUGCUUCCUCCUGGGUAGAAGUCUAUGGUAUGCUGUAGGAGAGGGGGAGCUGCAGUUAGCUUCCAGUGGAAGCUGCUUUUGAUCUCCCUGCAGUAUCUGCAGGGGAGGCAAGGAACACUAUUGAGUUGGACAGAACAAGCUGCAGAGGAUGCAUCUUAUUGCUAUACCUUUAGGGGGUCUCUCCCCAUUUUUAUCUUGCAUUAUAAGCUUUUAUUCAAGUGUAAAGCUAAAACCCACUCGGGUUAAGUAGCAAAGUCUAAUGGGACGGACUCCAUGUGUACGUCUGGUCUUCCACCAGGCUUCUGCUGGCUGGCAGCAGGGAGUGCAGGUCCUGUUCCUGAGAGACUGAGCUGGGGGAAAAAGUCGAGCCUGGGCUGAGGGCAGCCCCUGCCCCAGGAACUGGUCAUACUAUUCCUUUUAAUAUGCAAGUGCAGCUCUCUUGGGGAAAGCUACCUAAAGCUUCUUGUGCCAUUUGGUUAAUAAAAGUGUUUCCACCUUUAAAAGAAAGUUAUUUCCAGCUUCGUUGUUCUAGAAUCAGUUUAAGUGAAGGGGUAUAUGCAUUUUUCCCUCUACCACUGGGACACUGCUGUAAGACCAUGCCCCCAGGUUGCACUUUAAUAAAUGGUACAGUUUUCAAAAACA